UAAUCACUGAGCAAUAAAGCAUAUUAUGCAGCCAUCAAUUACCAGCAUAAUUACGCGCAGCAUUAAUUAUGAUCUGGAAGUUUAAAAAUGUCUGAAUUGUUCUCCACAGCUUUGAAGUUUCUCUAUAAAAGGAGCAGAUUCAUUUAUCAAGCAAAUAGAGAUCGAUUUGUACUUGUCUGUUGAGCUAGCGAAGUAGUGAAGCAAUGGAGGUUGGGCCGUGCAAAGGAUUGGGAGAGAUGAGCAAAGAGUCCUACAGGAGCCUCUCUGGUUCAUGGCGCCGGGCUGAGGGCGCCCUCAACCGCGCCGUCGCCGGCAGCCGCGUCGGCAAGUAUUUCAAUAUCGAGGCUCGCAAGACUUCCUUCACUAAGGAGCUCCGUGCAGGCGCCGCUACCUUCCUCACCAUGGCCUACAUCAUCUCCGUCAACGCUGCCAUCCUCGGCGACUCCGGUGGACCCUGCACUCCCCGCCACUGCACACAUGUGCACGCCGUCGUUGCCAAUUCCUCGGCCACCCACGCGCGCCACCACGGCGCUCUGACGGCGCAACGCCCCUGCGACCUCGACGCCGACCCGGGGUACCAGAAGUGUCUGGAGACGACCAAGAGCGACCUCGUCAUGGCCACCAUUGUGGCCGCCAUGGUCGGCAGCUUCGCGAUGGGCGCUGUCGCCAACCUGCCGCUCGCGCUGGCCCCUGGCAUGGGCGCCAACGCCUACUUCGCCUACAACAUGGUGGGUUUCCGCGGGAGCGGCCCGGUGGCGUACGAGACCGCCAUGGCCGCCGUCAUGCUCGAAGGCUGUCUCUUCCUCGUCCUCUCGGUGCUGGGUCUGCGCGCCAAGUUGGCCCGAAUGAUCCCGCGUUCCAUCCGCCUCGCCUCCGCGGCCGGCAUCGGGCUCUUCCUUGCCUUCACCGGCCUGCAGGCCCGCCAGGGCAUGGGUCUCGUCGGGCCGAGCAAGUCCACGCUGGUAGCCGUGGCGGCGUGCGCCAGGACAGACGCGGCCACGGGCGAGUGCCUCGGCGGCGUGAUGCAGAGCCCCACCUUCUGGCUCGCCGCCGUUGGCUUCCUCAUCACCGCCGUGUGCCUCUCGAGGGAGGUGAAAGGGAGUAUGAUCUAUGGCAUUGUGUUCGUCACCGUGAUCUCCUGGUUCCGAGGGACGAGCGUCACCAUCUUCCCAAACACCGAUCAGGGGAACUCUCAUUACCAUUACUUCAAACAGGUGGUGGGCUUCCACACGAUCAAGAACACGGCGGGGAGAAUAAGCUUCCGCGGCUUCAACAAAGGCGGUGUGUGGGUCUCCGUCCUCACGCUGCUCUACGUCGACGUCCUCGACACGACGGGGUCGAUGUACUCGAUGGCAGAGUACGGGGGAUUCACCGACGAGAGGGGCGGGUUCGAGGGGGAGUACCGGGCGUUCAUAGUCGACGCGGGGGCCACCAUCGUGGGGUCCGCGCUGGGGACGACGACGGUGACGACCUACAUCGAAUCGACGGCGGGGAUGAGGGAGGGUGGCCGGACGGGGGUGACGGCGAUGGCGGUGGCGGCGUUAUUCCUGGCGUCGGCCUUCUUCGCGCCGCUGCUGACGAGCGUGCCGCCGUGGGCGGUGGGGCCGUCACUGGUGCUGGUGGGGGCGAUGAUGAUGAAGGUGGCGAGGGAGAUCGAAUGGGGCGAGACGAAGGCGGCGGUGCCGGCGUUCGUGACCAUGAUCCUGAUGCCGCUGACGUACUCGAUCGCGAACGGGAUAAUCGCGGGGGUGGCGCUGCACUGGGCGCUGCAUCUGUACGACUACGUGGCGGCGGCGUGGCGGUGGGUGGAGAAGGUGAGGAAGGUGAUGGGGGAGGCGCAGAAUCAAGUGUCCGCCGCCGCCGCUGCGGACAUCAUUCCCGGCACACCACCUGUUUGAUGUUAUGCUAUAUUGUUAUUUUGUUCUUGUUUGUUUUUUUAUUUUAAGGUUAAAAAAAAAACCUCCAACAGCUCCUUCAUUUGGAAGGCCAUUUCUGAACGGAAGAAAAGUUGGGAGGCUUAUUCGGAUGUAAUAUCUUGAUGAUUAGAGAUCC